AUGAGUCAUGCAAUGCAUGGGCAUAAACUGGCCAGUGAGCUGGAAUCAGUACCGCUGUCUGACGGGACCAUUUCCCGGCGCAUCACCGAUAUGGCCCAGGACAUAAAGAGUCAGCUGAUUGACAGAGUGAAGAAAGGGAAAUAUGCUUUACAGUUAGACGAAUCCACGGAUGUAUCAAACUGUGCCCAGCUGCUUGUUUUCGUUAGAUAUAGUUUUGAUGGAAAACUUAACGAGGACCUGCUAUUUUGCGCCCCGCUGGAGGGAACAUGCAAAGGCGAGGACAUGUUCACAAAACUUGACAACAAACUGAAAAAAGAGGGACUGUCUUGGGAUGAAUGCAUCGGUGUGUGUACAGACGGUGCUGCAGCAAUGCUGGGGAAAAAGAAAGGACUUAAAGCAAGAGUCUUACAAGUGGCGCCCCACAUAAAAUUCAUGCACUGUAUUAUCCACAGAGAAGCUCUUGCGAGUAAAACGCUCGACCCAGAGCUGAAAAUUGUUCUUGAGACUGCAAUAAAAAUGAUCAACCACAUUAAAUCGCGUCCACUCAACACCAGGCUGUUUGCCACUCUCUGCAACGAACUGGGAUUGCAGCAUGAGGGCCUGCUGUUCCACACAGAAGUCAGAUGGCUUUCGCGGGGAAAUGUUCUCAGCCGCCUGUUUGAGCUGCGGGACGAGGUGCGUUUAUUUCUGAUGGAGCAUGGGUCCCAGCUCACUGACCACCUGACUGACCCUGACUGGUUAACAAGGCUAGCGAAUCUGUCUUGCAUUUUUGACCGACUGAAUGGACUUAACCUGUCAUUGCAAGGUGAAAACACAAGCAUCAUGUCAAUGAGUGAUAAAAUCCGCGCAUUCAAGAGAAAAGUGGAUCGCUGGACUGCACGAGUUGAAAUGGGCAGGAUUGACAUGUUUCCUGAGCUGGACGAAUUCAUGGAGGAAAAUGAUCUGAGUGUUCACAUUGUGAAGAAGUCUAUCACUACCCACCUUCAAGCCCUCCUGGAACACUUUGACAAGUAUUUCCCUGAGGAAACGGCUCCGGAACAAUAUGACUGGAUAAGAUCACCAUUCACUGUAACCACCGCAAGUCAUCUGUCAGCCUGCAUGGAGGAUGCACUGGUUGAGCUGUCAUGUGACCGCACUUUAGAGACAGAUUUCAAUUCCAAGACGCUUGCUGAGUUCUGGAUUUCAGUCGAGAGGGAACAUCCACAGCUAUCCAAGGCCGCGAUGGACAGCUAUUUCAGUGUUAUGAAGCAGUUGAUAGCCCAGACUAAGAGUGUCCGUGAUGUUGGCCAGCUAGGCAAGGCAGAGCUGUUCAUUCAGUUUGCUCCCACCGUCACCUGA